CUGAGUUGUCAGUGAACAUCGAGAUUCCAUCGUAAGAUGAUCGGAUCGAUAUUGUUAUCAAUUCUAUUUGUGGCAGCUAGUGAAUCAUUGGACUAUACUGCUACAGCAAGGAAUUUUAGUAUAGAAUUAGUCUAUUUCACUCAAACUAAGACAGAUCAUGAAGUAGUGUUGGCGCCGUUUGGUUUAUGGAGCUUGAUGGGACAAGUAGCCUUUGCGGCUAAUGGUCCUACGAGGUAUGAACUACAGCGCACCCUCAUCUCAAAUGCAAGUAAUGAGGACAAUUAUUUCAACAAUUUAGAUAAACUCAUGAGCAGAUUGAAAGAACCGAGUGACGGUGUGGAGAUGAUUAUAAAAAAUUUCCUCUUUCGCGACCAAAGCUUGAAAGUACCAUUGGACUUUGUGACAAGAGUCGAACAAACGAAGGGAAAUAUUUGGUCUUUGGACUUCACUGACGUAACUGCGCCGCGUCUUUUAAAUACAAUAAUAAAAUCAAAUACAAAAUUUCCAAUUCCAGUAUUUGGACCAAACGAUUUCAAUGAGACGGAUUUAAUUUUCAGCAACGUGUUCAGUUUUAAAGGUAAGUGGUCGACACCGUUUAAUCGGUCAAAUACUUACGUACAAACUUCUUUGGAUGCUGCUGGGAACGCAUUGGGUUUAAUUGAUAUAAUGAGCCAAGACAUGAAAGUGCCUUCCUCCGAUAUAAAAGAAUUGAAAGCUACAGUAACAGAAUUAUCGUUUGGAACUGAUGGUAAAUAUUGCAUGCUUAUCAUAAAGCCGUACCAGGGUGUCACUGUCACCGAGGUAUAUAAGCAGCUAGCCUCGGUGACGUUGAAAAAUAUUUUUGAUCAGCUUCAAAGAGAUUUUAAUGACGUUGGAAUUAAAAAUAUAAAUGUAAAACUGCCACGGUUUGAGAAGCAAUCGUUUCUCGUAUUGAACGCCCCUUUAAACGAUAUGGGCACAUAUUCUAUAUUUGAUCCUGAUAAAGCGCAGUUAUCAGGGCUGUCAGAAGAGCCGUUGUACGUUGAGACAAUUGAGCAGAGAGCAAGAAUAUUCGUGACGGAGGAAGGCGUGGACGCAUACGCAACAAUACCAGCAAAUUUAGAAAUAGCUACUAGGACAAAUCCAAAUUACGCAAAGCCAUUUAUUUUCUUCAUUGUCCAUAAGUCCACCGUGACUAUACUUAUGGGUGGUACAUAUGGAAAAUCUUAACAAUCUCAUAAUUUUUUCAAUAUUAAAUUUAACAUAUCGACUGAAUCCUUUAAUUACAUAUAAUAAUAUUAUAUACAAUAUAAACUCAACUUUGUUUCAUGCAACCCCGCAGUUGUGGUGAAAUAAUUUAACUGUUAUUCAAAAACAAUUUAUACGCUCGAAAAAGUUAUUAGAUUCCCUUAUUUCGUAAUAAAUAUUCGUUUAAAAUAUUUUUUCUUUUGCUCUACGUUAUAGUAUAUAUAAUUUACUCAUAAAUAUAUUUAAUUAUUUAUCAUCUAUAUAUCAAUUAGUUAUUUAUAGGUAAACAGUUACCAUUAAAAAAUAAUUUCAUUGACAUGACAAACACGCCUAAAUGUAUCCCAUAUAACUUGCUCUCUCAGAAUAUUUCAAGGCUAUCGAUUUAUUUUACUAAAUGAAAACACUAAAUUAUAGCUUAGUAUUUUAAUAAUUUACAAUUUUUUAGUAUAUUACAAAAUAGUCUUAAAAAAAAAAAUUAAGAAAAAAACCCUUUUUACAGAAUCACACAACUAAAAAAACUAAACUAAAUCACUUAAGGGAUUAAUACAUUGAAAGGCAUUCAAAAUGAUCAAGCUUAGAACAUUUGAAAAAAUAAAUUUAAUGCAACCUCUGUAAACAUAAGAACGCGUGGCCCAAAACUAUUCUAUUAUAAUAAGACACUUGAACACAAACACGCUUUUUACAAAAUAAAAACAUCUUCUACCAUCUAAUGAAAAUUAUAAAUGAGACCAACAAAAAUAGUAAAAAGCUAUCGAGUGAGCAGACCAAAUUGUUUGUUUUUUACGACAUAUUUGCUGCUCGGAGUUUGAAAUUAUUAUUAAUUUCAGAGAUCUUUUAAUUUUUGCAACUUAACGUAUCACAUAGACAAUUUUUUUUUUUUUUUGUAGACUGUUAAAGUUGUGAAAAAAUAGCUAGAAAUUAUGAAGGUUAGUGUAUAUCAACUUGUUUAUGUUAUCCAACAGGAAACGAAUUAUGACAGAAUAAAUUUUGUUAAAUGACAAAUGUAAGUAAAUAACGACAAAACUAUUAAAAAAUUUCAAUGA